AUGCGGGGAAGAUGGCGAUGAACGUGAAGAAUAGAGGUCCCUAUUUUCAAAGUAAUGACUAUUGCAGGAAUUACAAUUCGCAGGCUAUAAAUUAUGGGAACCACUAUUUCCCCCGGUUACCAGGUCCAGAGUCGCUGCUGAAGCCUCCACUGGAGCUCAUGUGCCAGGCUCCGCCUCCCUUCCAGCCGGCUCCACCCCCACAGGCCCUGGGCCCGCCUCCAGACCCCACGCACUUCUCCCUCCCCGCCCCCCUGCCUGCAGAGCCCCUCCCCCUGCCCCUCCCCCAGCUGGGCCCCCCCAGCCCCAAACCCCUGGAGCAGGAGGGCGGGGCCAUGGAGCAGGACGCUGCCCUGGAGGACCUCUGCAAGCCGCUGUACUGCAAGCUCUGCAACGUCACGCUCAACUCCGCUCAGCAGGCCCAGGCCCACUACCAGGGUAAAAACCACAGUAAGAAACUGAGGAACUUCUACGCGGGGAGUCAACAGCCCCCACCUGUACGCAUACCUGAGGCGCUGGAGCCUGUUGCCCAGCAACCGCUGGCCACUCCCCCUGCCGACAGUGCUCCUCCCUGCAAACCAGUACAGGUGUUCACAGGGGCGAGGGUGAUUCUGGCCACAGAGAGUGAUUACUGUAAGCUGUGUGACGCCUCCUUCAGCUCCCCCACUGUGGCUCAGGCCCACUAUCAGGGGAAGAACCACGCCAAGAGACUGCGCCUGAGUGAGGCCCAGCAAGAUUCAUCGGAAUCCAAUCAGAGGCGGCCACGGAAAGAGGGGGCGGAGUUUAAACUGUUGAAGAUGCGCAGGAAUACACACCUUCCAUCCAACCUGCCAGGGCCGUACUUUAACCCGCGGCCGCGGCAGCGGAUCCCGCGGGACCUGGCCAUGUGCGUGACGCCCAGCGGACAGUUCUACUGCUCCCUCUGCAACACGGCCGCCUGCGAGGAGCCGGACUUCCGCCUGCACCUGGAGAGCAAGCCCCACAAGAGCCGCGUGUCGGAGCAGCGAUACCGAAGCGAAAUGGAGACGCUGGGAUACACCUGAGCCUGCUCUGCCUUCUACAGCUUUACUCUGUGUGCUACAGCUAUUUAUUUAUUUAUUACUAUUAUUAUUGUGUAUUUAUUUAAGGAAAAAAAUAUUCAUUAUUGUCUGCACUUGAGCUCUACCUGCUGGUCAGCUCGUUACGAUGCCUCUGUUGUAUUUCUUCUUCCUAUUCUUCUUCUGUGGUCAUUUCCUGGAGUUUUUGUGCUGCAUCUAGCGCCUGAGGUGGAGGCAGGAACACUGAGUCAGUGACCGCUUGCCUGCCAUCUCACCAAACAGGACCAGGAAGUCUGCGCUUGCUGUAGCACUGUGCUGCUCACCGUAGGUUUGCUGUGGCUUUGUCAGAACCUUCUGGAACAGGUUAGCGGUUCCCUGGCUGGUCUGUGGGUGAAGGAAGCCUGCUCUUCACCACUCUCUCCCACAGUGUCACUCCUGGAGAGGUUGUGUAGCACGUGGUGUGUGUGUGUGUGUGUGUGUUUGUACUGUCAAACAUGAUCCCUAUACUGGGCUAGUUUUUGCUAUUGUUUUUCUCUUUAGCCAAAAGGUGUAUUUUUAUAUUGUUUAAAGGCCAGCAGGGUCUUCACUUGACUUUUAUUUGGGGAAUUCCCCACUUUUUUUUUAAUUGAUGAAAUAUUUUUUGUUCUAAAAAUAAGUUGAGGCCAAACAGCUCACCCAUGUUUGGAUGGUGGAUUGCAGUAUGUUUGUCACUGGUUAGUGAUGUGUAAAGAACAUUCAUCCAGUGUCAAGUUCCUCUCCUCCAAGUUCCUCACAGUGCACAGCUGCUCGUGUGUGUGUCUGUGUGUGAGUGU